AGGUGCAUUAAUAGCCUCCGCCUCGCAGUCCGCUGCCCCUGCUUGCCCCGAGCCAGAGCCCCCCCAAAGCAUGGCUUCUUUCUUCGCAAACGUUCGUCAGGGAUUGGCUGGGCGUUCAAACAAAGGACAGCAACCCGGAGGCAAGGGCGGCUCCUCUUCACCAACCACUCCAUACGCAGCAUCUCCUACUCAACAGCUCCCGAGCCAACCGCCUAUGCCCAAUUCUCCUGCCUUGUCGUCUAACAUGUCGUUCGAAAGCCAGCCGCCAUCCGAGGGGUCCGUGCUCUCUGGCAGCCGCAGACCGCCUUUCUUCUUCCGCGAGGAGUACUCCAACUUGAUUGUCAAGGGUAACUUUAUGACGCUGGCUGCAAAGCCCAAGCUUGUCGAAGAAGGCGAAUGGCUUGCACAUCAAGUUGUCGAGCAGUACAGGCUGCUGGAGCAAAUGAUUGAAAUCAUCAAGGUGGUGGAUGACCGGACAGGCAAGCCCAUCUGCAACCCAGACGUGUGCCCGACCAUGUCGGCCAGUGGCCACACAUACACCUGGCUCGACAACAACAAGAAGCCCAUCAAGAUCCCCGCCAUCCAGUAUAUCAACCUCGUGCAGAAGUGGAUCGUGGGCAAGAUCAACGACCCAAACAUUUUCCCCACAGACACCCAGGCCAUUUCGAUUGGCACCACGACGUAUGCUUCCGGGUCCAUGACGCCCAACUCAACGCCGCAGCCUCUUGGGCCCACCAGCCUCAACCAGUCUGCCUCUCAGCUUGCCGGCCGCGAAUGGCUCGGCAAGUCGUCUGGCUUCCCAGAGACGUUCGAGGGCGACAUCAAGAGCAUCUACCGCCAGAUGAUGCGCUGCUACGCCCACAUCUACCACGGCCACUGGCUGGAACCCUUCUGGAACGUGAGUGCGUACAAGGAGCUCAACACAUGCUUUAUCCACUUCAUCAACGUCGGCAAGCUGUUCAACCUGAUUGGCGACAAGGAAAUCGAGCCCAUGCAGCCGCUGGUCGACCUCUGGGCCGAAAAGGGUCUGCUGCCUCCCAUUACGGCGGCAAAGGAGAAUGCCCCGCCAAAGAGUUCGGGUGCACAGCAGGCUGCGCCUACAUCUUGAAGCACGCACGCACGCACGCACGCACGACGCACGCACCUUUUUGUGGUCAAACAAGCAAACAAAGUUACUUUCAACGCCAUUUGACAUGGGCUUCCCUUCCCAUUCCAGCAAGCUGUCAGCAUUUUCCACAUUGUACAUGUAGCGAGAGCAGAUUUGACGAGGCAAAUGACUGGCGUUUUGGCAUGUCUUAUGAUUUGUGUGCAAUGUGAGCCUUGGAAUAGAAUCAGACUGAUACAAGUGC